AUAUGACAAUUGACUUGCCUAUUUCCAAGUUCGUCGUCCAUUGGGGACCAGCUGAUUUGAGUUGACAAUAAAAUGUUCCGGUGCGAAAGAGCUGUUUGGGCUGUAAAAGUGAUAAAAUAUUGUGCAGUAUUUAUUAAAAACCUUUAAAUAUAACCGAAUUGAAUUCGGUGACAUGGAUCAUGAAACUUGGACUGCUAAAUAUCAAUCUGAACCGACAGAUCUCCAAAGAAUUAAAAAUCGUUUAAACAAUGGAAUCACAGAAAAAAAUGGAGAAGACGGGGAAUGUUCGAUGUCUGAUAAAGAUGAUAUAAAAGAUUUUGUUAAAAAUGAACCUUGCACAGAUGCAGGCACCGUUAACAUCACAAUUAGUGAGAAGGAAAAGCAAACAAUACAUUCAAUUUUGGAACAAAUUAAGCCCCUAUCUCAAGUCGAAAAAUUCCUUUUUUUCUUGAAGUUGCCGUCGGAGGUAACAAAUGCACUUGAUCCAUUUAGACAGCCCUUAAAUCCUCUUGGUAGUAGAUCAGAGAUAACAAGAACAAUAUCUUGGAUAAAAACACAUUUAGAAGAAGAUCCUGAUAUAUCAUUACCAAAGCAAGAAGUUUACAAUGAGUAUCAUAAUUAUUGUGCAAACAAUGGUAUCAAACCUUUAUCACAAGCUGAUUUUGGAAAAGUUAUGAAACAAGUUUAUCCUAAAGUUAGAGCCAGGAGACUAGGUACAAGAGGAAAUUCAAGAUAUUGUUAUUCUGGUUUAAGAAGAUAUGCAAAAUUAAAACCACCUCUUCUACCAGAUUUGACAGAUAAGCCAUUGUCCACAGAAAUUCCAUUCAGUCAAACAAGUAUAUCUUCUGCUGCAUGGUUAAUUGUUAAAGAAUGGUCAGAGAAGAAGUUGAAUCAACAUUUUUCCUCUAUACAAUCUUUAGCAUACCAUCUAAUUAUAAAUCACCUUGUCGGAACAACAUCUGAUGCUGCAUCCAAAAUUACUUCUGCCGGAAUAUAUCCGUUGAAAGAUGAUGGCAAUGCAAAAGAAUCAAAGCAUAGAGAAAUGCAACUUCAGCUUCAAAGAAAGAUCCAACAAAAGAACGAAGGGAGAGAUAGGAAGAAAAGAACGCAGUCACCGAAAUCGGAACAAAAACCUAGUAUAAAAAAAUCCCGUUCACAAAGCGUUCCCGCUCAAAAUGUUACUAACAAUUUUUCGCCGACAUCGACCAAUGGCGGUAUAAAUUUAGCAAGUGGAGAAUGCAGCACGACCAGCAGCAGUAGCAGCACGAGCCCAACUCAGGCUAAAAUUAUCUGUGAUAAAUCACUAGAUUUCACUCAGCUACCUGACUUUAACAGUUUCCAAAAGCCGGCAGUAGACAGCGGCGUUGUGGGCCCUACGGGACAGGAUUCACAGUUGGUGAUAACGACCAAUAAGGUUCGAAUAUCGAAACUUCAUCCAUCACCAAGCAAUCAGUCUUGUAAUGUUAUGUCCACAUCAAGUAGAAAGCAAAAGUACAAAUCGCUCCGGCCCAGACUGCAACCUUGUGAUAUUGCGUCGUACAACCCACAGCCGCAGCCAGAGGCGGAGGCUGAAAAUAGAUCUCAACAUAAUGUACAUGAUAUAGCUAGAAUUAAGGAAAGCAACAGUGAUGAAGAAUGUGAUUUUCCCCUCACCAGAGAAAGACUCAACAGCAUCAGCAACGUCUCCAAAGAUGCAAUGGACGAGUAUUUAGGUACAAAUAAUAGCCAGCAUGAAGAAGAAUUGUCCAAGUACUUCAGUAAUAAUAAUAAUAAUAAUAUUACGGAAUCAAAUGAAUCAGAAGAUACAUCAAAAUUGUCCACCCUAAGACAGCUACUAGUUCAAAAUAUCGUAGAUACUAAACCUCCUAUAUUGGAAAACAGGGUAACAGAGCACAAAGCGGUCCCUUUUGCUAAUACUUGUUCAAUAAAUUUGCCAGUACAAAACAAUCUCUCUUAUAUCCAUUCGUUGACCCAACAUGAACCCCCUAAUGCGCCAGUUAACGUAAAAAGAAGGGUUAGCUUUGAAACACCGGCGUCUGAAGAUUCCGUACCACCGAGUCCAAACACUAGAAGAAAAAAUUUCAGUUUUACACCUAUAUCACCAGGUCCACAAUCACCAAGCGGUAUACAUUCUAAAUGUUCGAGUACAUCAGCCAGUCCUUUUGUCAGUCCCAGAAAUACACCUAUAUUGAGAAACAAACCUGCGCAUCAAACUACAAGUAUUCUCAAAAGUGAAAACAGGAAAAGUUUAAGAAUUAAACGAGAAAUAGAUCUCACUUUAGAAAUUCCAAAUGAAAAUCAACAGAGUGUGAAUUUAUUGCCGAUGUCUGCUCCGGUUAGUCCAAUGUUGAACAAUAACAAAUCCGUUUUACAAAAAUUAUUAAAUUCCACAAGCAAAGUACCUUACAAUCCCAGUUACACCGCAGUAGCGAAUAUCAACGUCCAACCGGACAGUUCCUUAGAGGUAAAUCAAUUUUUAACAUCAAACGUCGAAUCAAACUUAGAAGGUUACAGAUCACGAUCUGUACCUCUACAUAACAUGAUAAAUCCUAUGGAUAACGUUUACGCCAAUACAAAUAAUGAUUUUUCUGAAGUGGAUCCCAUUCCGGAUUCAGAAAGUGAUAACGUGAAGCGCAUUUUAAAUUCUCUGGAAGAUCCUCCCGUCGAUAUGGACAUUACAUCUAGUAACGGAAAUUUGAGAGAAUUCGGUUUCCAAUUGUACAGCAAUUCAAUAGAUUUCUCACAACAUGAAUUCGGGAAUCAGAGAUUGGCUCGGUCUCAAAGCAUUGGUGGUGAAGUUACUCUACCGCAAAUUAUCCCGUCUAGAUCAGUUCCAAAUACUCCAUUGCCAUUUAUUAAACCACAAAAAAUUAAUUACAACAAUUCCAGAUCUUACCCAUCGACACCAUUAAACAAUGAUGGAUCAUUCACUUAUAACAUAAACGGCGAUUGUCUGUUGAACGGGCAACCGAUUAGAAAUGAUGACGUUGCUGAAAGUUUGGAUUAUCUUCAAGAUUUUGAAAUAAAUAGAGACGGUACUACGGAACAACUCACACACGAAAAGGACUUUAAUAUAGCUAGUGAUUUCGAUAUUGUCGAAAAUGAAAGUCAGUUAAUCAAUACUGGAUUAAUCGAAGCUAAUUUUAUUGAUAAUAUCGAUUAAAAAUUAAAUAACCAGUCGCUGUGACAGUUGACAUCAGAACAAUGAUUGAUAAUUUAACGUUAAACUGUUGUGUAUAGUGUGACCCUUCUUUUUCACAUAUUGUACUGGUCAUCUAUUAUACUGUUUACUACCAUUACACACAAUUAUACUGUCUGAUCCUUCAAGCCAGAGAGAAACUAACGAUCUAUGGAAGGCUUGAAGGACCAAACCAAUAAUAGGGAAUAUUGGAGUAGUGGUAGUGUGUUCAGUAGGGUGGGGUAAUUUUUUUAAAAAAUUGAGAUGAAAAAAUUCUCACCAAAUAUGAGCUCUUUUUUUCAUCCCAAUAGAACCAAAUUCCUACCUCAUUAUUGAUUGAUUAUACAGAAAAAUGUCCUUUAAGAAUUUUGUAGGAAAUUUAAUGCUCUACAAAAAAAAAGUAUCUGAUAUCCGUAAACCUCACAAUUUGAAUGAUAGUGAAGAUUUAAGUUUGAUAUUAUGAGACACAUUUCAUUUUUUUUUCGUGAAUUUUAUAACAAUAAAAAACUAUUAUAAAUUAUUAUUAUAAACAUUUUUUUAGGAAAUUACAAAUUUCAGAAAAAUUCUAUUUUUUGUUAUCAAUAUAAAUAUAUGUAAAUUGUUUGAAAAUUAAUAAUCCAGUUUUUUUCAAACUUUUUCAACUAAUUGGACAUUUUUCCCUUAGAACUGAAACAUAUAAUAUAUUUCUAAUGAAAGCUUUGUUUUUUUUCAAUAAAUAAUUAUUUAGCGAUAAAUAGUGUACAAUUUAUUUUUUGAAAUGAAAACAAAAACAAUAUUUUGAAGUUUCCCAGUUGAUAAAAUUUAAAAUUUGUGUGAAUUUUCCCAAAACUUAUAAUUGAAACUUUUUGGUUAAAUCAAAUAAUCUUAAAAUCAGUACAAAGGAAAAUUUGAUGAUGAAUAUCUUUUGAACACUUAAUUUAAUAGCCAAAACAUAAGGUACCAUUUUUAUAAAGCAGUCAAUUUCCUACAAAAAUUUGUAUGGUACAUUUUAUAAUAGUUUUUUAUUGUCGAGUUAUAAAAUUCAUAAACAAAAAUUAAAUAUGUCUCAAAAUAAUCAAACUUAAUCUACAAUAUCAUUCAAAUUGUGAAGUUUUCGAAAAAAUAUUAGAUCCUUUUUUUGUAUAGCAUUAAAUUUCCCACAAAAUUCUUUAAUAACAUUUUUCUGCUCAAUCAAUUAAUGGUACGGAAUUAAUUUUUUUCUAUUGUACUGAGAAACAAAUUUUAAACAAUUCGAUGCAGAGGAUCUUUGUAUUAAAGUUGAAAGUUCACAAAUAUUUCCGGCGAUCUCAUUUUACAUUCUUUCCGGAUCUUGGCGUAUUACUACCAUUUAAUUCCAUUAUCGGAUUUUUAUGUUUAUUAUGCUUCAUUUUCUACCAAUCUUGCUUAUUUUAAAGAUGACAGGAACGUUAUUAGCUUCGUUCACGGUAGAUAAUUUGGACACAUUCCGAAUGUAUUCUGAAUAUUUUCCAGGCGUGUCAAAGGCACAUGCUUUGUUCAGAAUGUGUUCUGAACAUACAUCCUUCUACAAACCAUUUAUGAACAUCUAAAAUUGUAAAUUGAAUGCAAAACUAUCUAGGAAACGUAUAUAAUUAACUGGCUAAAGGUUUAUUCUUGAUAUUUGUAAGUUUAAAGUGAACUGCCACGUUUUUGAAAUACAAUUACGUAGAAAACCACAUAGUUUAGAGGUUAUUUCGUGGUAAAUAUUACAAAAAGUAUGAAUGAACAUCCGAGGAUAACUUGGACGUAUUCAGAAUCCGUUCAGAAUUAGAAAUCUGUGCUUCACGAACACAGGACAUGUUUUCUUAAAACCGCGUAAGCACAAUUUCAAACUGCGGAUGAAUCUGCUAACAGAACAUGUUCAGGAUAUCUACCGCGAACAAAGCAAUUUUCUAAAGCCAAACCUACCAAAACUCAUUUGAGAUAGACCAAAAUUUCUCUUGCCUUACCGACCUUUGUAAAUACAUUUUUAGAAGAAAAAAUGCUGCUCUCAGUUGAAGGGAUCUCACUAAAUACAACAAAAAUAGGGGUUUUUCGAUUCAAAUGAAAUUGAAUGAGGAUAAGAUGCUUUGAUUAUCAAAACUGUCUAAUUAUUAUAUUUACGAAAAGUAGGGUUAAACAUAAAUUAUUUCAUGUUAAUUUAUUCUAAGAAUAAAUGUGCGUGGAAUAUUUUAAAAUACAUUAUGACUAACCAAAAUAAUUUAAAAAUUUGAAAAUUUAACAUUGUUCCUACAUGUCAUCUGAUAGAACAUAGGUCAGGUUGAUAAUUUUUCUGUGAAUUUUAGAUAAGAAAUAAUGCGAGGUAUUUUCAGUACUAAAAGUGCACAUUAAAAAAUUAUUAAAAUCAUUAUUUCUUAGCUUGAAUAAUGAAAUUUGUCCUCUUUUUGCAGUUUUAACAAUAUAUGUCGUUUUUAAUGUUUUUUUUUACCUUAAACAAAAAACACAGAUUUUAAUAUAUAAUUUAGAAAUGAAUGUGAUUGUUAAAUUUUAAAGUAAAUUUUUUAAUGUAUUUUGUUAUAUUUGGACCAUGAUUACCAUGUAACAAUUAUUAAUUGUAUCCAAAUACCACCUCAGUCAUUUUUUUCUUUAUGAAAACUCGAGGUAUUGUUUGAUGCAAAUCAAGUAGAAUUUUUUCUAUUGACUUAUUGCAAAAACUCUUUCAUCUAUCAAGAAACAAGGGUUAGAAUACCAGCUCUGGAAUUCCUUAUAAUUUUUACGAUACUCACCUUGUUUGAAACUCAAUCUAUUUCUAGUUCUUAAAAGUAAGCAAAGUAUUCCACAUUAUUCCAUUAUAGUUCUCCGUCUCGCUAUAAUUUCAAUGUUUUAUAGUUGUAUGUCGGUCGUAUCCUCUACUAAACACAAGUACUGUGUCUCUUCUACAUUCAUCUGCAGUCACCAUUUCCAAUAUUCUUCGCUUAGUUUGCGUGCUUUGUAUUCUGAGCCAUCCCUAUCGUUUGCACAUAUUACCUGAUCAUCUUCAAACUAGAGGGUGUAUAAACAGGUGUCAUCGUCGACUUGGAUCCACAUUCCUUUGUAGUUCUUUUUCCAAGUUAAGUAGCCACUUAAUCCAGAAGAAGUACAUUAACUAAUUUUUGUUUGGCUUAUUGGCUUUAUCGACUGAGAUAUAAAAGUGUUGAAUAGAAGUUUAUUUGUCGCCUAACUUAGAAGCGAAUGUAUCAAAUUGAUUGAGUGAAUCAACUUAUUAUUUUUUCAAUCCUUCAUUUAUGAUAGUUCAUAAAUUUUCGCAAUAUAAAUUUUUAUUUUUAAGAAUUUAGUUUUAGCGUUAUUCAAUCAUUUUAAUUUUUUAACGAUAAUUUGUUAGCAAAAAAAAUCUUGUACUGAAUUUUAAAGCAAUUAUCAUUUACUUAAGAGACUUUGAAUUUUUUACAUGCCAUAUAUGAAACAUAUAUAAAAGGUCUAAGAAAUAAUAAAUUAAAGAAUAAAAGAUUAUUAUCAUAACAUAUCAAAUUAAAACAUAUCUGAAAAAUGUUUUUUGCUUCGCAAUAUCUGGUCAAUUGUCAAUAUAUUUUUGUCAAUUAAUAUAUACGUGAAAAAGAUGGUUUGAAUAAAAUUUUGAUUAAAAUUUAAACCGUAUCACUAAAUUUAUCCAAUUAAUCGAUUAAGACUGCAAAAAAUGAGGUUUCAUGAAAAUAAAUUUUGAAUUUUAAUGUUUUUCUUUGUCUGUGACAAACAAUGGGUAGGUUUUGUGAAAUAUUUGAAUUUAAAUUAACAAAAAAAAUCUUUGACUGUGAUAACUUAUAAAUUGAAAAAUUAGAGACACUCAACUCCUGAUUUGAGUUGUGUUUUAUUUUUUUAUAACAAAGUUGAAAAUUUUUAAAGUUUUAGAAUAUAAGGUAAGUCUGACUUUGAGGUGUGAUUUCGUCGAUGAUUUGUUGGUUUCCGAUUUUGAGAUAUAAAAUUGUUAAAAUUUUUAUUAUUUUCUUAUGUUAUGUUCAACAUUUUCAAAUUUUGUAUAUAUUUUAAAACCUGCAAAUUGUUUUUAUUUCACAAAAGAUGAUUGCAUUUAAUUUGUUAAUGGAGUUUACCACAUAGCAAUUAAACAAAAAUACUUCAAUAUUUAAAAAUCGGUCAUUUGAAAAUUAUUGAUUGAUCAAAUUUUUAGCAAGAUCUCUAUGUUCAUGUCAAUUAUUUGAUGAAUUUUAGAUAUGAACUCAAACCUCUAAUUAUAGGAAACAGCUGGAUCGGUUUGGAAAUAACAGAUACAUAACGAAAAAAAUGAUAAGAAAACUUCGUUAAAAAACGAAAGGGUAGAUUAAGAAAAAAUCAAAAAACAUGAAGAAAAAACUUGAGGAAAAGAUUGUAAACGGGUACAAGUGGAAUCAAAUUCCUCAUUUGAUAUUUGCCCAGGUAAAAGGAAAAGCGGAUUAAGGAUUUAUAAUUCAUUUUUAAUUAAAAUCCUUUGGAUACUGGUUGCAGGUCGAGAUUGCAUAUCACAUCACAUAAAAUAUAUUUCAUAUCUACUUUUAUUUAUUCGAGCAGUAGUAAUUACAGCAAUUCUUCUUCUGUUAUCUUCACCAGUUCUUGCAGGUGCAAUUACCAUACUAUUGAAAGAUCCAAGUUUAAAGCAACAUUGAUUUUGGUUUUUUUUUUUUGGACACCCUGAAGUAUAUAUUUUAAUUCUUCCAGGAUUUGGAUCAAUCUACAAUAUUGUCAGACAAGAAAAUAGAGAAAAAAGGCUUUUUGUCUUUCAGGAUAUAUUGUUUGAGCUCAAUAUAUAUUUUCUUUCGCAAUAGAUGUAGAUACUGGAGCUUAUUUUACAUCAGCUACAAUAAUUAUCGCAGUGCCUGCUGAAAUUAAAGUUUUUAUAUGACUAGCAACAUUUCAUUGAUCAAGAAUUAAUUAUGGCACAGCAACAUUAUGAGCUUUAGGAUUUAUUUUUCUUUUCACAGUUGAUGGAUUGCCAGGAGUUGUAUUAUCUAAUUCAACAAUUGAUAUUGUUCUUCAUGAUACUACCUAUCUAAAUUUACCUUACAUUAUUUAAUUGCUAAGUUAAAACUUCAAACUCCAUUAUCAAAUAUUUAUAGAUAUAUGUAAAUAGUUGAUCCUCGUCCCGUUGUAAAAUUUUAAAACAGAAAUGUUUAGGUGGUUAUAUUAACCACCGCCUAAUAACCUGUGCCUAGCUUUUACAGCCUAACUAUAGACUUUUUUUAAUAUUUAAGAUUUUUGUUCUUAAAAUGACCUUCAGUUUAAAAGCAAAGUUUGUUUUUUGAAGAAAAAAAACAUUUUCCCUUCAAAUAUCAGUUAAAUGUUGCAUUUGUAAGCCAUUUGUCAAUCAAAAAAAAAAAUUUAUGACGACGUGUCUUUAUUAUUAGCAUUGUCAGUAAAAGUAUGACUUUUACUUGAAAAAAUAUAGUAUAUGAAGGGAUUUUUUAGUUGUUUAGGGUUUUCAUCUUCGUAAAACGCCAGAUACAUGAAAAACGCUCCCUUGAUAUAGAAUUUAAACAAUUAGUCCGGUCAAUUUAGACAUUAGUUACAUAAAUUCCUACCAAGCUGAAAAUCAAUAAAAUUGUUUAAAAUAUAAUUGAAAAUAAAAUGUAAAAUUUCCCCAUCAUUCCCGUGUAUGGAAAAAAUUUUAUUUAAAGCCAAAGGAAUGUUUUUUUGAGAUUAUCAGUAAAACUGUAGGUUUUCUCAUAAAAAUACAUCAGACAAAAAUUUUAGAUCUUAAAAUUAUCUGCAAAAAACGUAUCAAUACUUUUUUCUCUACGAGCCACUGUUUCUGAGAAUAAUUCAAAAAGUUGUAAUCGUCAUAAUAUGCACACGUUUCUACGGCACCUAUGAGGUAGUGUACUUAGCACGCUUUUUUCAACGUGGUUUCCCCAGUAGGCUUAUUCCAAGGGUCUGUUGUGAUCAUGUUUAAUUUGAAACUAUUGCAAAAUAAUGGAAGUUGCAGAUAUAGAAAAGAUAAAAGAUUCAAAUUAAAAAAAAAAUAUGAAAUUUAAUCAUUCUACUUUCAAAUUACUGGCGCUAUUGCCCGAGUGAUCGGGUCCCCAAACGGCCUGCUUUUACAGCCAUCUCUUACUAGUUCUUAUAGGACUGCCUUACAUUCCAGCAUCUAUUUUCUAUAUCUUUAGUUUGCAAUAAAUUUCAUACUGUUACUCAAAAAGGCAGCAUUUCUUUAACUUUUUUCUUCUAUGAUACUUUCCUGACUUGAAUAAUCAACUAAGUUGGUAUUUUCGGAAACGUUGGUGAUAUUCAUACUGAAUACCCUGUUUACACCACCACUACACCAAACUUAACCAGUUUACCUUCAGUAACUUGGUUAUCGAAACCUUUUUUUUCUUAAUAUUGAUUUUCUUAUUUGUAAAAUUCUGCAUUCGGGAAAAAAUUGUUUCAUAUCAAUCGGAGACAUGGUUCUGAUGUACCUGAGUUUGCAUUUUUUCAAUAUUUUAUAUUGUAUGUUUAUUUUAGUUCCAGUUUUAGCUCAAGAGCUAUGUUUAUCACAAUUGCAAGAAGCCGAUCACUUAACUGUGAUUCUAAUUAGUCCUCUACUAAUAUUCAAAUACAAAAUUUGUUUUAAUUAGCGGUUAAAAAUUCGUUGAUUGAUCUUUUAUGGACUAUUUGAAAUAUUUAAGUGAGCAAUUUCUGUUUAUUCUCAAAUAGUAUAGUCUUGAUAAACGCAUUAGUGUAACUAGAAGUUUAUGUAAAUAUUUAACAACUUUUCAGAAUUGACAAUGGUAAACAUUGAGUAAACCGAAGGACAUUUUAAGAAAAAAUGCUUUAAAAAAAAUCAUUUUUAGUAGAGAGGUGUAGGAAGGUGAAUAUUAAGUUGAAUAGAACAUCUAGAUAUUAUUUUUUGUAAACAAUUCAUGUUCCGAUAAACUGUUCCAUCACGAAAUUCGAUGUACGUUUGGUGACAAGUACAAAAUCCAUAAAUUCAAUAUGAAAUGCUUGUAUAAGCUAUUGAAAAUCAAAAGUAACACUAAAGGAAAAUUAUUAAAUAGCCAAAUUUUUGAAACAAAAAUUUGAGAAAUAUAACUCUUGGUGUCGUCAGAUAUAGGAAAUUGAUAAAACAGAAAAUUCCUUUCUGGUAAGCCUGCGAUAUGGUGGUCUGUGCAUAAGUGUGUAAGAAAAACAGACAUAUUGUAAGUAAUUGUCAAAUUUGUACAAGAAAAACACCUACUUCACUUCAGUAGUUCAUACAGUCUUCAAAUGUCUUUUAAUAAAAUGAAUAAUGAAAUUAUAGUCAAAAACGUCGGGCGAUAAUCCACGUCCCACGGUUCAAAAUACAAUUAAUAACUAACUAAAAAAAGGUUAACUUUAAUGUUGAGUAUGUAAGGGUAUGUGGAGGGAACGUGUGCAGUCUUGACAGCAUGAGAGUCGACUGUAGACCUGGAGGAACAGGGUCAGAUGAGCCGUGGAAAUACCCAGUAAGUUAUAAAUGGGCAAAGAAUUUUUUGGUUGAUGAUGAAGUAAAAAAUGAAGAUAUCUGAAUGACUGGGUCAAUGAGGAUUUUAAUCCGACCAAACUCGUUUCAGCAUUUUCCAACCGUUUGUCCAAAAAAAAACCCACCACUGCAAAUUCUAACCCCUAUAUAUGUAAAUUUAUAUUUCCACAAUUUAAAGUGUGAAAAUUUAUUGGAUGAAAGAAACAGAAAGAAAAAUGAUUAUUAAAAAAAAUUUGUUUCGGUUCUAUAUUAGGACUGAAAUUAGGAUUACAUAUGAGGGUGUCAGAGUAUCUGGAAAAGACGUACACACAAAGAUAAUAUACAAAAAGCCUAAAAUAAGAGCAAGGUGGUUAGGAGACAUUGAGAGAUUGCCACAGCAUAUUUUAAAUUGUAAAAAUAUAAAUUAACAUCCGUAGGGGUUUGUAUUUGUAGUAGUUUUUUUUUUGGCAAAACGGUUGAGCAAAGGGGAAAUGAGGUUGUUCGGAUUAAAAUCCUCAAUGACCCAGCCAUUCAGAUAUCUUCAUAUUUACAUUAUCACCAACAAAUAAAUUCUUUGUCACUUUAUAACUUACUAGGUAUAUUCACGCUUCAUCUGACCCUGUUCCUUCAGUUCUACCAGCAUUAGAUCAAUAAAUAUCGAUAUAUUGAAUUAAAAAUAUUGAUACUUUUUCAUUAAGCCUAAUUUACCAUCGUAUACUUUUUGCGAAAACUACAAAAGUAUUUCGAAAAAAACCGUGCCCAAUAGUUGAUUAAACAUUUAACAAAAUUUAUUCUAUGUUGAACGUUUGUGACGGAUUCUUUUGAAAUAUCCUUAAAAUGCUGACAAUGUCAUCUUCAAAAUGUGCUAUCUGGGACUAUAGUUUACGAGAUACCCUGUAUAAAUAAUAUCGUCAAAUUCCGAUCUGAAUUUCUGAAUUUGAUAGAAAUGGGAUUAAGAAAGGUGAAAGUAUAUCGAUUAAUAUUUGUAAUACGUGAAAGGAACUUGAAGACUAAUUUAAUUACAAAAUAAUUUCUAAGAUGAUCUGCUACAAUGCAAUUAUAUAGAAAAGAUUUGAAUUUUUGGCAGCUGUGCUUUUAUAACCUAAUUUUUAUUUCAACACAUACAUCACUCAACUUUCCUGCGUUUCUUUCUACUCUCUUCAACAUACUUUUAUUGAUCUCUUUUUUUUGUAACAAAUAUUUUUGGCCAGUUGUUUAUAAAUAAAUGAAGACAUAUUUCGUUAUUGUUUUUACUGAAGAAAUUAUUGUAAACUGCAAUGAAAUUUUUUAUGCUUUUAUGACAUUAUUAGACCAAACUAAGAGGUGAUAAAUACUUUAAAAGAACUGAUAUUAUUGCACCAACUUCAUAUUUUUUAAAAAUAUAUCUUUUAGAGAAUUCAUCGACUACUAAUGAAAGAAGGGAAAAUAUGGUUGAGGCUGAUAAUUGAAAUUAAAUUUUAAGGGAGAUUAUUUCUAAAUUGAUUGAAGAACUAAGCGGUUGGUAUCUAUAUUUGAAUCUAGUUCCUGUUUAUCGUUGUUAGGUCGAGCGCCGGGUACUUUUUUUGCAGUUCUAGAAAACGAGGUUUUUGAUUAUUUUUAGGGGUGUCCCCUGAAUGUGAAUCCAAGUGGGCGCCCGCGUCAGCCGCCCUCUUGAAAAUCGAUUAGGUUUUCAAUUAAAGUAAGUGCUCCAUACAAUAUUUGAUUUAUCAUGAACCGUUAACUAUAUAUUUAGUAAAAAGUUGAGGAGCGCCUCUAAUUAAAAACCUAUUCAGUUAUACAAAAAAAAUUUCAAAUAAAAAAGAUCAUAAAAAUUAUUAUCUAUAAAAUGGUCUCCACUAUUUUUGUCGUACGAUGCGCAGUUCGCGAAAUAUUCGAUAAAACGAUAAAAUUUUUCAAGACUUUUUUUGCUCUGGCGCUUGGCCUAUUUGAAAAUUCAAUUCAAAUAUGUACGAAAACAUAACUACAGUAUUUAGUUUCUUUCUACUUAUACGUGAUAGUAAUAUUUUUAACACUACCACACUACUAGGCUGUAUAUACAAUAAAAACAUAAUCAACGAGAUCAAUAAGACACUUUGUUUAUUAGGUAAAUACCAUCUUUCCUUCGUUUUUUAAAUAUUAAAUUUUUUUGUAGAUCAAGGUUUUCUAUUGUUUGUUAUACAUCAUAUCGUUUUUAAACGUCUGUGAUCCAAGCAAAACAAACUCCGUUUAUAGUUGAAUUCCUAAUUUUUGUGUGUGAAUCAGAUUAUAUUCCAGAAUAGACUCUCUUGCAUACUCAUGAUUAUAAAUAUAAAACAAACAAAAAUAAAUAUAUUCAGGUUAAAAUACUUUCGGUAAAUUAAGCGAAUAUGAAAUAUUUUUCUCAUCAUUCUGUUAUAAUUAUUUGUUUGUUUCUUUUUCAAAUUCUUUCAAGCGUUAGCUUAUUGGAGUUUUUAGUUUCCACUCUUUGCUACUUCAUUCAUUCGUUGUUCCCCUUUCUUCUUAUUUCCUGUACUACUUGUUCUAACCAAGUUUACCUAGGUCUUACUACCCUUCUUUUCUUAUGCUUUCUUAUUAGGCUUUAUGGCGUUCUUCUCUUUAUGUAUAAUUACCAAUAUAAACAUUUUACAACUAUUUUGUUUCCUAUUGGUUCCUCUUUAAGCUUUUCUAUAAUUGUCCAUUGUUUUCCAUAUUACACUAAAAAUUGAUAUUAAGAGUUCAAACUUGGUGAAUUUUGGGAAUGAAACACCCUAGUAAAUAGUGUGUUCAGCAUAACAAUUUAUAACUAAUAAGCUGCCAUAUUACUAUUAUCUGAAAAUCUACUUAUAUUUUGAUAAUUACGUUCAUCAUCUGGUACCGCUACAAAAAACUCAUUCAGCGUCUAAAUAUCUUCCUAUCUAUGUUUACAUUUAUUUACUACAAAAAAAAUAUCUCGAAGUAUUUUUAUUGUACCUACAUCAUCUGGCCCAAAUGUUUGCAAAUGAUGGAUGUGUUGCUAAAUACACUUCGUUCUGCUAAUUUCCUUAGUGUUAAUGUUAAUAUAUAUAAAAAUGAAUGUCAAAAGUCUGAAUUUGUAAUUCGUAAGCUCAUUUUGUAAUGUUGAAAGUUUGGAAGAAAAAUGGAAAGAUAUUUUUGCGACACAUUGUUAAACUUGAAGAGCUGUUAUUUUAUGAAGUACAAAUUUAUUUAAAAAAGGUGAAUUGAAAUGUUAGAGGAUUAGUCUAGAUGUUUUGGUGUAAACUAUUUGUAUCCAUACAAGAAAAUAUAUUGGUAUAACUUGUUUAAAA